UCCUUGUCUCUCCCCUGCAGGCAUAGCCGAGACAACAUGGCGUGGCCAUGGCUGGUGCUGGUUGCCUGCCUCCUCACGCUCCCUUCAGCCACAGCAGACUGCCUGUCUCAGUGCUCCUUGUGUGCUGUGAAGACCCAGGAUGGGCCCAAACCCAUCAAUCCGCUGAUCUGCUCCCUGGAGUGCCAGGCUGGCCUGCUGCCUUCUGAAGAAUGGAAAAGAUGCCAGGGCUUUCUCAACCCCUUUCUCAACCCUUCUACUCUCAGGCUCAAUGGCAAUGAAGAUGUGGAGAGCAAAGUGGUUUUGGAAGAGCCCUACAGUGAGCUGGCCAAGCUCACGGGGCCCUUGCUGCAGGAGCUGGAGACAAGUCAGUACCUCUCUGACACCCCAACCAAGGAAAAUGCUCUGAGCAAGAGCCUGGAGGAGAGGCUCCGGCGUCUCUCAGGAGGGAUUGGGGAGGGGGCGGAAUCUGAGCUGAUGGGGGAUGAACAGCCACACGAUGGCGCUGUGGAGGCAGAUGACCUUGAUUUCCAAGAGGAGGACCCCAAGGUGCAGGUCAAACGCUAUGGUGGCUUUUUGCGCAAAUACCCCAAGAGGAGCUCUGAGGCGGCUGGGGAGAGCGACGGGGAGGGGGAGAGGAUGGGCCAUGAGGACCUGUACAAACGCUAUGGGGGUUUCCUGAGGCGCAUCCGUCCCAAGCUCAAGUGGGACAACCAGAAGCGCUAUGGAGGUUUCCUGCGGCGCCAGUUCAAGGUGGUGACCCGGUCCCAGGAAGAUCCAAAUGCCUACUCGGCAGAACUGUUUGACGCAUAAGCACCUUCCCAGCACAGAGUCGAGUCAGAGCUUCCCCUGAUACCAUCACAGAUUGGAGUGUCCUCAUCCAUCCUCUAUGUACACACCAUCCCCACGCUGUGUGAGCAUUGCCUACAAUAUAUCCCAACCCAACCUCCCUCCCUUCCACCUGGUGGAGGGUGGUGGGAUGCCAUAUUCAUUCGGGGUCAGCAGUGGGAAGGAUAGAGGUUAUCUCUUUCACAACAGGGGUAGUGCUUAGCUCAUAUCCCUUAAAUUCUAGAACUGCCACCCUCAGCAGCCGUGGAACUCAGUCCCCC